CACGACUUGUCUAAUGUCAUUUGUUACAUUGGGUCCGUUUGGUGGCUGAGAAACGGAAGGAAAAAGAAAUGAAAACUCAGAAUCCCUCUGCAUAACAUUAGUAACCCUAACUUAGCCGGCAAUUCAUUCUCGAAGGUGUCAUUUCUUGUUUUCUUUGCUGCCUCUCGUCUCUCUAGGGAAAAGAAAUGACAAUGAACCGCAUCAAAUCAGUGAGAAGUAUCAUCAUCACAAGGGAGGCAGUUAGGCUUGUGGGCUGCAGGACAUUUGCUGUUGGUGGUAAAGCAAAGAAGGGCUCAAAAGGGGGUGGGGCCAGCGAUGCUCCAAAGGCAUCAACUCUCAGCAAAGAAGUCAAGUCUACUACAACUGUUGGUGCCAAUAUUCUGAAGGAUGGAACAGAUCCCAAGGUCCUGCCUGACUCUGAGUACCCUGAUUGGCUGUGGCACCUGCUCGAUAAACGUCCAGCAUUGAGUGAGCUAAGAAGGAAGAGUGUAGAAAGUCUCCCUUAUGAAGCUCUUAAGCGUUUUGUUAAGCUGGACAACCGAGCAAGGAUCAAGGAGAACAACAAUCUUAAGGCCAAGAACUGAUCAACAAUCUGGCAGGGCCACACAGGUGCUUACACAGCUUUUGGGUCUAUGAUUUGAUGUCUUAUUGGAAUAACAUGGCUGGUGCAUGGAAUGUGAUAGAGAAAGCUUACUGGUCUAGUCAGUUGGGCCCUAGUCUUGACAUUGCCAUUGAACUAAAUAGGUGGAAGCCACCUCCCAUUGUCUCCCCUACCCAACUCAACAACGGUGGGGUUGAAGUUUAUCCUUUUGUAGAUUCACUGAGAAGUUAAUGAUUUUUCCCUUUUCCUCCUUGCAUCAUCCACUUGCAGGACCCCAUGUUCGCUUGACUUAGCUUGUUACCCCAAUUUCAAGCUCUUGUGAUGAAGUUUGUCGGUUUACAUACAAAUUGAAAUGACUGUCGUGAUGCA